AUGAAGGGCUUGGAGGAUGAGGAAUGGCAGGACCUGGCAGAGAAGCUCGCAGACCCUUUCGUCUCUCCUCUCGAGAAGCCCAUGAUCCUUGCAGAGCUCGCACGGCGGCGCGACCAGGUCUCGGAUACUGUCUCUGACGUACUCGGAGGGCGGCGUUCCCAGGAGGCGCUGCUGGGGAGCAGAGGGAGGAAGCAGCUCAGAGCAGCUCGUGCUGUAGCCCGUCAGGUCACAGAGGACAUUGUUCCCGAGGCCAGGAGGCAAGCGGAGGAGCUGCUGGAAGAGGUGAGGGGCAACGGCAUCGAGAAGAUCGCUGCAGACAUUCAGAGCCGUCUGCUCGUUGCCAUCGACGACGCUACGGCAGAGGGCAUGCUGAAGGCUCCAGGCGUGGUCUCGGUGGAUGACAUCGUUACAGAGCUCAGGAACGUCUUCUCCGAGACCCCUGAGGGGCUCGAGACCCCUUCCUACUCCGUGGUCAGCUCCUCGGACGAGUACGAGGUAAGGGAAUAUUCGUCGAUGCUUCUGGCCUCCAAGGACAUGAGCACGGGCAAGCAAGAGGACGGAAACGCGUUCAACGAGCUGGCGUCCUUCCUCUUUGGCAAGAACGACAGGAAGGAGGCGAUGUGA